GUGAAACUUUGUUAAAGCCAUGUUGUUCAAAUUUCUGAUUGUUUUACACAGUUUCGUGUUACUGGCCAGUGCAAAAGAAUGUAAAUCUGGUCAGAACUGUGAGUUAAGAUGUUGUACCAUACCUGCGGGUGAUGUACUUUGCCGUGAGAGAUGUUUGGGGUUAUCAUGUGAACUUGACGUACAUUGCGAUGGCGACUGCUGUGUAAACUCAAUAUGUAGCAGUUGUCUUUUGAAAAGGUUUGUAAAUGUUUGGCUGUUAAUAGAUUUCGGAAUGGAAGAGAAAAUCUCUGGUAAAAAUAUUAAUUCUUGUUAGAAUAGAAUACUUUUCUGACGAGAAUAUCAAUCAGGCCUGAACAGGGGUUUCACGGAUAUUGGUAUUUAGUAACUUAGACAAUUUUACAUUUGGUACUUGGUUUUUGCAGCAUGAUUUCUGCAGAAAUUAUUAUGAACCGCCGCCCAUAGGGAAAUAAUUGAAGCCAUUGGUAAUUUUACAGGCGUUUCUUGACAUGUUAUAAACAGAAAAAUCAGAAACAUAUAUAAACAUGCAGAAAUACAUAUAUCUGGUUUAUAUAUAUUUCUUUAAACAAAAUUGCUGUCGAAAUUGCUGGAAAUGGAUUUUCCUGGAUUUAUUCCCAAGACCAAGUACACUGUCCCAAGUACACACUUUUCGAUUUACAAGGACACACUCUCCUUACAAUGACACAAAGUCUCAAAAAACAAGCUAUUUUAAUGCCUGAUUGAGCCGUUACACGUCAACAAAUUACCUCCAGGUAGAACAGUUUAGACGUGAUUGAGUUAUCUAGUUCAGGUAAAGUUGUUGAGAAUUAUUCAUAUAAUAACCGUUCUACUGUAUAGGCUCUCUUUGAGGGGUUCGAGCCGUGUUCACAAUUCAACUCAGCCCACGUCGAAUAAGCGUUCAACUACAAGCUUCGUGACUACAGAUGAACCAAAAGUUCCGACAGAAGCGAAGACGACGAAUAGAGAAGAUCGAGUCAAGGUGACAAGAAACACUUCACCUACUCGUUUACAUCCAUCAGGCUGUUUGGCUGUCCAAUGUCUCAGUGAAUGCUGCAUUGAUGGACGCUGUGUUGACAGUUCUCAAUGUGUGCCCGUCAAAGCUGCCCGCGGGGGUAGGGGAGGUGGCGGAAGGAGAGGAGGUGGGAGAAGGAGAGUGGGCGGGGGUGGUUAUUUUGGAAAUGGAUCAGGACAAGGAGGUCACCCAGUUAAAUCCUGGCAGAUUUCCCUUAUUGUUGGUGUUUCGCUAAUAAUGGUCGUUCCCAUGAACUAGCGCCGUUAUUUUGUCAUUUUGUUUCAAUAUUACUGAGUUUCAGAAUAGUUUUCCAAUUUUUUUCCGUUUCUUUGCCCAGAACAACAACAUUGGUUAUUAAAUCGGUUUUUAAAAACACAAGGUGUUUGUUUUGUUUGUCGACUCCUCGCCCUAUUCAACCCAAUCCAACAUCGUCUAACAUUGUUUGCCCAUAAAAAAGACACUUUGCCAACUUCUUUUGCCAACAACGACGUGUUGCUUACUGAUAUCUAUUGUUACAACUUUGUUCAGUCGUAACAAUGCUGUAACAAUCUUGUUGACAACCUGUUCUUAGGUUGCAGCACAAUUAAUCGUGUUCAAGCCUAUCGAUAUCAAGCGGGAACAAGUUGUACUUGACGCGGCAUACGUAACGGCCACAAAUGACAGGAACUCGAAGACUUAUAAGAUUAAAGACCAUCAAGGUGCCAGAGGAAGUCAUUUCAGCAUAAUUCAACACUAGACCCUUGUCAUGACGUCAAAUGUGGAAAACCAAUCAUGCGAUAUCUCAAGAAGCCCCGUUUAAGGUAGGUUUACCGAACGCGAUUCGACAACGCGACGCGAAUUUUUGAUUUUCACUGAACGUAUAACUUUGAUCCUAGUUUAAAUUUUCCAAAUAUUUAGAAGCGUUAUAACAUUUUGAGUUAUUUGGUCUACAUACCUUUUAAACUUUGCUCUCAUUGGCUAUUUUAUUAACUUGCAAAAACUAAAAAAUCGCUUCACGUUGUCGAAUCGCGUUCGGUGUGUCUGGAUCUUUGCACUUGCAAUUUUUCAGUGUUGCGAUUUUCGGUGCGAUUUUCUUCUUCUGAUGGAUGUGAAGAAGUAGGUGAGUUAUCAAUGUUAACAAUGUUCAGAUGAGGGUAAAUGUACUCAGAAAAUUCGUAACUCAUCCACUCGUUCACAUCCAUCAGAAGAGGAAAAUCACACUUCUAGAAAUCGCAGCAAAAUUUGCAAGUCGGUAAACGAGCCUUUAGGGACCGUUCAUUAUUUAUGCCUCCGGGGGUAGUCCAGGUAAUCUGUGACCAGGGGUCAAAGAAAUUGCAAUAGAAUUUUAUUUCAGUGGUAAAAUGUGAGGGAAGGUGUCCUGAUUAACAUACUAAAUAUCCCAAAAAAUCCCUUCGGUGGAACAUGGCGAAAAUCGAGUUUUUCUUACUUCUAUCUAUAGAAAACCAUUGUGGACAGAAUGUUCAAAUUUUGAAAUCAUUUUAAUUUAGGCAAAUGUAACCUACAUUAUUGGAAAGCCUAAACAAAACUAUAUAAAGGUCAAUUAAACCGUUAUAUUCAAUUUACUGGUCAGUUUGUCGUUAUUCUAGCUCAAAGUUGGAAAAAUAGCGCAAAUUUGCACAAAAUACAAAUUUAUGGCAUUUUAAAUCUUGUAUAACUUCGGCUGGAUAGGCAAAAACAAGGUAACCGUUUAAUGAUCUAUAUUUAGUUUUUUCUAAGCUUUCCAAUAAUGUAGGUUACAUUUGCCUAAACUGUGAUUUCAACAUUCUGUCCACAAUGGUUUUCUAUAGGUAGAAGUAAGAAAAACUCGAUUUUCACCAUGUUCCACCGAAGGGAUUUUUUGGGAUUUUUAGUAUGUUAAUCAGAACAACUUUUCUCACUUUACCACUGAAAACAAAUCUAUUGCGAUUACUUUGAUCAGAACCAUGUACUUAUAGUGAUUUGACUGGACUAGGGGCACCGAAGAGAAAUGGGGUUGGGUAACCAAUAAUUUGGUAUGUAGAAAGGGUGGGUAAAGGAAAAAUUAGCCUUUACUGAAUAGAAACCCUCUGGUAUGUGUCCUUUACUUGAAUUUUUCAAAUUUCUUUACUUGAGUAAAAAUAGUUUUGGAAUUCAAUGUUCAUGUGUAUGUAUCAAACAUUAGUAGUUUAUAUAUGAAAAAACAAGCUAUUUAUAACCAUACAAAUCUUCAGUUGUAUAAGGGUUGGGUAAAAGAAAAUAAUACUUCGAGUAGCCAAUUUUUAUUUCCGUCUUCGGUGCCCCCCCUGAGGCAUAAUUUAUAUAAUGAACGGUCCCUUACAGGACUGGCCAGCCAAUAAAUUCCAUAAAAAAACAUUUCAUUACGAAUUGUCCCUUGGGACCAAAUGGGACGUCGCAUUAAUUAAUUAUUUUCCGUGUUUGACGUCAAUAAUUAAUAAGAAAGGUCUCGUUGAAUGCGUGAAAAUAGUAAAGAUGAUGUCCACUCCUGUGCCCAUGCGCGAACUUUGUUUACGUUUUUUACUGCUAUAUUUGUAAAAUGUGAUACACUAACUGAAUAUCUAAUACUUUUCUGGAUCGCUAUGCUUGUAAAUGAAUAUAAAUUCUACGUUUUAAUUCAAAAAGUUCAAAAGAUGCAAAAUUUGGGCAAUGUUCAUAUAUCUGGGGCCUGGGGGUCCCUCUUUGUUAUGAGCAGAACUGAUGCGCAGAACGGAGUGGAAAUCAUCUUUGCUGAUAUUUUUCACUGACAGGCGGCCCGCCAUGAAAAUGCUAUUUAAAAGACAUUACUAUUUAAUAUGUACAAGGCGAAUUAAAUAAAUAA